CCCAUAUCGAUACCGUCGGCCACUUCAUCAAGGACAAGGACCGGAAGUUAAGUCGCGCCGAGCUUGAAAAUGUUGAGUAUAUCGAGCCGUUCAAAAGCGUAUUCAACACCCAGAAUCGCACGUUCAUCGAGAGAGUUAGAAUCGUGACCUUGUUCUACUUCUUGGAGAAGGAAUUCAUUGGCAGGCUCUUUCUUCCCGUCGACGGCGUCCGAAUUCUCACGCGUGCCUGCGAGGGCAAUUGCUCGCGCCGCCAAAGCAGACACCAGAAAGCCAACACGGGACUCUAUAACACUAAAAGCAGCAGGCACGGCGUCGGUAAACCCGCCAGUCAAGGCCGCUCCAGCCCCAACUACUGGCCAAAGGUUGAAGGUGUCCACGAAAGACGGCGGUGGCAAGCAAGGAACAGUUAUGGAGAGAUCAGCCAUGAGGGAGGAGCAGGCAGAAAAUGCUAUUCGGACAAACAGCAUGGAUACACUAGCUCCUUCCGCUCAAGCAACGAUGAGCCCCGGUCUCAGGAACUCACCUAAGAACCUGUAUCCUGCCCCAACCCUGCGCGUCUCCUCUACGCGCGGUUCCUCGACUCCUUCCGAGCAGAUCGCGGAAGUCCAUACGGAUCAGCCAAGCGCAAAGAGGUCGAGAGUUCCAAGCGUCACCGGGGAGGGGCAGGAGCAUGCUCCCAAGCGGCAGAACAUGGACGACAGUCUCUGCCACCUCCAAAAGUUUGUCGAGAAAGUCCGUGGCAAAUACUCCGACGAAGACUACGAGCAAUUGCAGGCCGAGAACAAAAAGUUCUCCGAGACUGCAAAACUCCAGCUAGACAAAGCUGCACUGAAGAAGCUGAAGGAAGAGUGGGAACAGAACGCAGAGUUUGCAAUCUCAGAGCUGACAGAGUCCGAUGCCAAGCGACUUGCUUUUGAGAGCGAGGCGGAGGAUUUGAAGAGGAAGCUCAAGAUAGAGGCCGAGAAGAGAAAGAAGGUGGAGACCGAGCGAGAUGCGCUAAACGAGGAGAACGGGCAUCUACAGGAGCUGAAGGUGUGCAUAAUUGAAUUGGUGCCGAUAUUGGCUAAGCGUAAAGAGUAGACCGUAGGGGUGGGAGAGUAGACCGCAGAAAAGACGGUACGGGCGGCCGUACAGGUUUUCAGGGUUCCUACCCCGCAUAGACCUCCAGUGUCCGGCUCGAUUUUACUUGCGAGGCUUUCGUUGCUCCACUUUCCGACCCCUGGAUCUGUAUGGGCAAAACGUGUGUUUGGGGGUUCGAAUAGAGGGUUGGAAUAUGCAUCCUUAGGCAUGGCAUGACAGG